UGUCGGCGCACAUUAGUGUACACCCUUUUUCAUUCGCCGACCUUUCGGGUCGUUGCUAAAGUACGCCGUGGUAGUUUUAAGAGGUAGAGUCUCCUAACCCCUUUCUCUCUCUUCUCCCCCUGUUUUGGUGUGCUUACCUCUCUUUCUCUACCUUUUAUUAUUUCCAUUUCUUAUAUUUUUUGAGUACUGUGAAAGAUACGGCGAAAGAAGCCACACAUAUAAAUAUUUUUAUAUAUUUACACGAGAGAGAGAGAGAAGAGAGGGUGGUAAUAUAUAAAAAGUUGCAUGGUAGAGAGAGAAAGAAGGGAAAGGGUGGGGUUUGUGAGUGUUUGGGGUACUUUCUAAACUUGCAGGUUUUUGGAGUAUCGUGUCGGGGAGUGACUCUGAUAUUGGAGGAGGGGGUCUUUUAGAAAUAUAUUAUUGUAAUUUUUGGUCUCUUUCUUUAUAUAUAUAUUUAUAUUUUCUGGCCGAGUUUUAGUGAGAGACAGAUCAAGAACGAGAAGGGUAAACACUGUGAGGUUAAAGAUCUCUUCGGUGUAUGUGCCUAUAUUUUAUGUAUGUAUACGCGCAUAUAAAGGGAGAGGCUUAAGCUUACCACCCGGCAUCCUCUUCAUUUGUUUGAUAGAACCAAGAAAACUCUUUUAGACAUAACCUGAUUCUUCUUAGUGAAUCUUCAGAGCUAUAAUGGAGGUCAACAUGAGCUUCUCGCAUGAUAUGGAUGAUGAGUAUGAGAAACUCAUAAGAAGGAUGAAUCCACCCAGGGUUGUAAUUGAUAAUGAUUCUUGCAAGAAUGCUACGGUAAUUAGGGUCGAUAGUGCAAAUGAACAUGGAAUACUUCUGGAAGUUGUUCAAGUACUUACAGACCUUAAUCUUAUCAUAACAAAAGCAUACAUAUCUUCUGAUGGAUGUUGGUUCAUGGAUGUUUUUAAUGUCACUGACCAAGAUGGAAACAAGGUUACUAAUGAAGGGGUUUUGGACUACAUACAAAAGUCACUUGGGCCGGAAUCUUGCUUUAUAUCUUCUAUGAGAUCAGUUGGUGUAACACCAUCUAUGGAUCACACUGCAAUUGAACUUACUGGAAGUGAUAGGCCAGGGCUUCUUUCAGAAGUAAGCGCAGUUCUUACUCAUCUCAAGUGCAAUGUAGUGGGUGCUGAAGUCUGGACACACAACACAAGGGCUGCAGCUGUUAUGCAUGUCACCGAUGAGGAGACGGGUUCUCCUAUUAGUGACCCAGAGAGACUCUCUAGGAUUAAGGCACUACUAUGCAAUGUACUCAAAGGAAGCAACAAGUCCAGGGGAGCUAAGACUGUGGUCUCACAUGGAGUCACCCACACUGAUAGAAGGCUUCACCAGAUGAUGUUUGCUGACAGGGAUUACGAACGAUCAGAUAACAAUGAAUACUCGGAUGAAAAGCAAAGGCCUAAUGUCAGUGUUGUGAAUUGGUGUGACAAAGAUUAUUCAGUUGUUACAAUUCGGAGCAAAGAUAGACCCAAACUUCUAUUCGAUACAGUUUGCACUUUGACAGAUAUGAAGUAUGUAGUUUAUCAUGCAAAUAUUGAUGCGGAGGGACAAGAAUGCUAUCAGGAAUACUACAUUAGGCACGUGGAUGGUUCACCUGUGAAAUCAGAUGCAGAGAGACAAAGAGUCAUACAUUGCCUUGAAGCAGCCAUUGAGAGAAGAGUAUCAGAGGGUUUGAAGCUAGAACUUUGUACAACUGACAGAGUUGGGCUAUUGUCCGAUGUUACUCGCAUCUUUCGCGAAAAUAGCCUCACCGUUACACGAGCGGAAGUUACAACCAAAGGAGGCAAAGCCAUGAACACGUUCUAUGUUGGUGAUGCAUCAGGGUAUCCUGUUGAUUCCAAAACCAUAGAUUCUAUUCGGCAGGUAAUUGGACAAACUAUACUAAAAGUGAAAGGCAACCCUGAAGAAUUAAAGUCUGGUUCUCAAGAAUCUCCCACCAGGUUCCUCUUUGGGGGUCUGUUCAAGUCUAGAUCUUUUGUUAACUUCGGUUUAGUUAGGUCCUAUUCUUGAAGUUAAAAAAAUAGAGAAACUGAUCAGUGAUCAUAGCUAGGUCACCUUGUACAUAACAACCCCUAAGAUUUGCAUAGCUUGCUCAGAAAUCUAGACCAUGUUACUGAAAUUGUGACAUUAGGAACACGGCCAUUUCUUUUCUUAGAUAGGAAAAUUUAGUUAAAAGAUGCUUGUAAAUAUCUCUCUUUUUUGUUUUUUGUUUUUCUUUUUUUUAGCUUUUUCUUUUUUAAGCCCUUUAUUUGUUAAUGACUUCAACUGAAGUUGUAGUCAUUUAAGCAAAGAAGGAAGAAGAAUAGAGUUGUAUAGUGUCCAUGAAACAAUCAAUUCCAACUCUUGUAUAUAAAUUUUUAUUUCCUCAAA